AUUAUGGAGAUGAUAAAGGUUUCUGCAAGGGCAGGGCAAGUAAAGAAGGGAGCUGGGACAGGGAGUAAUGUUUGGGAUGAAAAAGGAAGAUUUAAAAUAGCAAAGAUUUUUAUGUCUCAUGGUACCCAUCUUAUUCAGUCAAUUCAAUUCUUGUUUGUUGAUGACAAUGGACACUUUGUUUUAUCAGAAAAUCAUGGUCCUGAGCAUGGUUAUAACUUCAUCACGGUUGUAUUGGACUAUCCAUCAGAAUUUAUUACUGGGAUAAAAGGUACCUACUAUAGUAAUUAUAAUGGUUUGAGAUCAAUAAUUUUUUACACCAACAAAGGCACCCACGGACCAUAUGGCCGCAAUGUUGAAUCCGAGGUCUGCAAUGUAUUCAACCUUCCAAUAGGUAAAGAUUGUUCUUUUGCUGGAUUUUAUGGCAUUCACAAUGGUAUACUCAUUGAAGAUAUUGGCAUGUAUGUGAAGCCCACCACAUCUUCUAUGAUUGAGUCCGGGGACGCAUCUAUUAAGACCCGUGAAAAAAAUGAUACGUAUAAAAGAUGCAAAGUCAUAGACAAACAGAUAUGGGACGAUUGAGUUCGAGGCGUCAGUAUAGAUUUCUAAUUUCUUUUAUUUGUUUAUCGAUUUUUACUUUUUAAAGUGAAUCUUAGU